CGAACACGUCACAUACACCCUCGUCAUUCUCACAACCACCCGAGAUGAAGCGCCUCGGGUACACCAAGUCACGCAACGGCUGUUCGCGAUGCAAGCAGAGACGGGUAAAAUGCGAUGAACACGCGCCAUGCCAGGCAUGUUCAAGACAUGGCGUGCGGUGUAGUCUUCAGUCAACCGGCUCGAAGCCCCGCCCAGAUUCAACAUCCUCGCAGUUGCCUGAGAAAGUUAGAAAGCCACUUGUUAUAAGAAAAAAGCGGCAGACAGCGUCACGCCCUGUGCCCUCCCUUAUUUCCACCCGUGCCGGAUCGUUUCUUGAGCAAACCCUGAAACAAGAAUCCGCAGCGACGGCGCCGCCCCCGUUUACUUACUUCUCAAAGUUCUUAUGUGAGAUGAACACGGGUGCCCGCACUGGCUUGAUCUUAGACCUCGAGCUUAUGCAUCACUACACUGGUGUUGCACACUGCACAAUCUACUCGUCUUGCCCCCACGUGUACAAAGUCCUUCAGCAAGAUGUCACAAAAGAGGCUUUCUCCUUCCCGUUUCUUCUUCAACAAUUGCUUGCGUUCUCAGGCUUUCACAUGGCGUUCCUGCACCCGGAUCGCCGCCAUCAGUAUCUGUUUCAGGCCUCACAGCACCAGAGUUUGGCAAUUGCCGGCAUGAGCUCCAUCCUCACGGCAGACUUGAUUCCAAGCAACUGUCAUGCUCUGUAUGCAAGCUCGGUGUUUGUCAUCAUCAGCGCGUUCGGCGCGUACCCAAGCUGUGACAGAUAUAACAGCUCCUUCCAGCCAAUCGAUAGUUUAGUCGAUAUUUUCAUCCUGAUCCGAGGCAUGAGUAUGAUUCUCGAUUCUUCGGGUCCCCAUCUUAGGAAUGGGCCUUUGAAAGGGCUCUUUGGUUCGUGCUUGGGUCCCCAGGUGGACUUGACGAAACACCUCCAACCAAUAGCCGACCAACUGCAUCAAGUCAAGUUACACCUAGCAGAGCAAAACUCCAGUCUGGAUGACAAUGAAAGAGACGCCUUGCUAGACGCGGUCACUUCACUCACUGAUCUCAUCGCCGAGGUUACCAGUAGCCACAAGAUGGCCGCAACGCCUGAGUUGAGGGCCGUUUUUGCUUGGCCCAUGAGAAUCUCGACCACGUACCUCGACUUAAUGCGGCGUUGUCAUCCCUUAGCCCUUGUGGUUCUUUCAUAUUACUGUGCCCUAUUGCACUCAAGGGAAGGCAACUAUUGGUUCUUCGAAGGAUGGGCUAAUGCAUUAAUUAAUCUUAUCAAGGAGCAACUUGUCGAUUCACCCUGGGCGGAACGCAUUCAAUGGGCAGUUGAAACUAUUCAAAAGUCAGAGGUUUAGAAAUAGUGCAAAAG